CUGCUCCAGCUUCCCUUGAACCUCAAACUUUAUUAAUCUUUGUCAAAGUGAAGAAACUGGCAUUUUCGAAAUGCGAGUCGAGUUCGUUUAGUAUGUCGCGUUUACGUAGCUUCUUGCAUUUAAAAUAAUACUUUUCGCGUAAACGAGAGAGGGAAAGGGGAACGUAAAAACGGGACGUGUCCGCGGUCGAGGAACGUCUUCUCCACGAAGAUCGAUGCAUCCGCGAUCGUUCGCCAAGUGGCGGGACGGCGCGUGUUGUACGGCAUCGUUCUCACCUGACGAAGAUUAUCGAGCGACGCAACCUCCCUACUGUGGUGUUCUCAUCCCGCCGGCUUGUCGCCAGGUUUAAUAGCCAAAGAGAGGAAUAAAAGAGAGAGAGAGAGAGAGAGAAAGUGAGGACCCUAAACACGGCUGAGGCAUUAACGAUUGCGAGUCCUACCCAGUCUUAGCGAAUCUUCUUGUUCACCCUAAUUAAUUCGUAGCUUUUUUUUUUUUUUUUAACCGACGAUGAGCGACAAUAAGCAGGUAGGUGAAAAACCCAGUAGCGAGGUUGCUAAUCGAUUUGGAAGCUGUAGGGAUCUGAGCGACAUUGUGCCAUUGUAUCCACCGCGCUUUCUUUAUCUGAAACCGCUUGCCAAAGUUAACGUGUCAGUCAGUCUGCCCCAACUGAAGACUCCAGGCAAAACGAUAUCAACAUGGGAUGUAAUGGAGAAGAUACGCGCUCUCAUCCUGCCGGACGAGUUUGCGUCCCUGAAAGUGGCCAAGAGCAGCCUGGAGUUUAUCCGGCUGGAGGGCGACCUGCGGGACCGUUGCAGGUUGCCAAAGGUGUUGGCCAGGCUGGACUCACAGCGCUUGAAUUUGGCCGGCUUCCCCAACCUUCUCAAGGUCCGUGCGGCCGAGGCAAAGGACGACUUCCCGACCAGACACAACUGGGAUUCCUACUUCAGGGACGCAAAACAUAUGAACGAGUUGAAGGCCGGUGAAAGGCCGGAUACUAUCCACAUUACCGGUCUACCGGUUAAAUGGUUCGUCGAGGAUGGUGCGAGCGUUCCAAGCGAGUCGCUUAUCUGUAAGAUUUUCAAGAAGUGGGGUACACUGAGGAAAGUAGACGUGCCUGCUGCAGAUCCUUACAGGUCCAGGAUGCGACUCGGCAAUAACAUACACAAGUUCAGCUACGAGGAUGGUAUUUUUUUCGAUGCGUUCAUACAGUACAACGAAUACAUGGAUUUUGUUAGAGCGAUGGAUGCCCUGCGUGGCAUGAAACUGCUGAAGAAGGAAAAUCAGAACACACUGAUCGCGACAAUAAAGGUCGAUUUUGACAAGACCAAGCAUAUGAGUGACAGCUCGGUGUCGCAUCGAGAAUUCGAGAGGAAGCGUUUGAUAGCACAGGACAAUUUGGCAGCCGAGAAACUUCGAAGGAAAGAAGAGGCAGAAAAGAAGCGGCGAGAAGAACAAAAAAAAAAGGAGGAGGCAAAUUCGAUAGCAAGAUUAAAUCGGCAGCGAAAGCGAGAAGAAAAACGAAAACGGAAGGUACUCACAACAUUUCGCAAGCAAGAAGAGGACAAGGUAUCAAUGAAAAUUGCGAGGGAAGAAAAAAAGUUGAUAAAAGCUCAGCGACAAUUGGAAAGCAUACGAUUAUUAGAUGAACUGUUUGAUAGGAUAAAGAUAAAAGUGGAAAAUAAUGAGAUUAAGUUGAAUCAAAGUAUAAAUGCGGAAACAAAAAAAGAUGAAAAGAAAAAUGAAGUGAACGAAAGUACUAGUAAAUUAGAUUCGGAAAACGACAAGAAAAGUAAAGACAAGCAGACCAAGAAGAAGAAAGUGAAAAAAGAAAAGAAAAAAAAGAAAAAGCGGAAGAAAUCUCAGAAGAAACGGAAAAGAAAUGAUGAUUCCAGCUCGAAUAGUACGGCAGGGGAAGAGGAGACAGAUGAAGAGACGAACAAGAAGAAACUCAAAAGCGUCUUGAUAAGGAACGAUCGCGCAUCUUCAUCUGCAGGUGCCGUUGUUCCAGCAGCAAAUCUUCCUUAUGCACACUCUUAUUCUGAUUCGAUAUCGAUGUCGAGGAUGCCGAUAUUACCGUCAAUCGCGACGGGACCAUAUCAUGCGCUAAGGAUAUCAUUACCAAGGUAUCCGGGAGCACAGAUGUUGAGGCCACCAAUGCCAGGUUAUCCAUUGAUCCAUCAUCAUCCCAUGUUACCUAUGAGGAGAGGCCGAAGAUACAAUCCUCGAUGCGAUAUGAAUUCUUAUGCAUUGACCAAUCCCUAUUUGUACAAUGGUCAAUAUUAUGAAUAUUUUACACAUUUGGUGGAUCGAGAUUCGGAGCGGCGGGAGUCGAGAACGCGCGGACGUCGAAAAUCGAGAAGUAGAUCUAUCUCGAAGACGCGAACUAAAUCGAGGUCCAAGACGAAAUCUAGGAGCGCUUCCAGAUCGCGUAGCGCAAGAAGCGAUUCACGUUCCAAAAAUAGAAGAUCAAGAUCGAGCUCUAGAUCGCGAUCGCGAUCACGUCGUUCCAGGUCGUCGCGGUCCAGGAGUCGUUCUAGGUCUUGCAGUCGGCAAAAAUCGGCAAGUAGAUCCGUUUCCAGAAGGACAAGAUCAAAUUCCAGAUCAAAGCGCAAGAGUGGCACUAGAUCGCGCAGCAGAUCGAAGUUAAGCUUCAGAAGACGAAGCGGUUCUAGAUCCAAACGAAGAUCACGGUCUAGGAGUCGCUCCAAAUCUCGCAGCAGCCUGAGGACCCGUUAUAAAAAGAGACGCGGCAGAAGAUCCGCCUCCGUCGUUAAAGUCACGCGAGCGAGAUCACGACCCAUAUCACUUAGACGGAAAUCGCGCAGCAGUUCCUGGUCAUUACCCAAGUCCCCUGAUCGACGAAGUUGUUCUUGGUCGAAAACGAUUCCCGCGAAUAAUAUUAGUGAGCAAGAUGUGAACGAGAUAUCCAAUAAGAGCAUUCAAGAGGAAGCACCACAGGCAGCAGAAGUACAGAAGGAAGCAAAGUGAUAAGUUAUUUAUGUUUUAUUUCUCUGUUUUCGAAGUGUAACAGGAAACAAUUUUUUUUUCAAAUGCUGUGCUAUAUGUGAAAAACUUAUCAAAAUUGAUAUAUUGUAGUAAUACGCGAAUGUCUGAAAAAAACAUUAAUAUAACUUCUUUCUAUAUAAACUGUAAAUAAUUCCAUUAUUGUAUGCAACUUCUGUGGAAAUUUUUUUUUUAUAAAUUAAAUUUCUAAGAUGAAUUUAUUUGACAGACUUAUUUGACUACGAUAUUAAUUUCAUUGCAAACUUAUUUUGUGUGAAAAAUGAAAUAGUUAUUAAUAAAAGAUUAUUUAACAUGUAUAUUAUUUUUUCUUCGGAUCUUCGACUUAUUCUUUCCAUUUUCUCGUUUUAGUCUCUCUCUUUUCCUUUCUCUGUUAAAACUUUUUUCAGUCCUUUCUUGAGUUAAUGACUCUUAUUACUUUGUCUUUAUUUUCAAUACGUUAGCUAUAGAAAUUGACAGGGAAUAAGAAAAAGAUCCACAACGCAUCCUUCCGACUUGCAAAUUUAUUUGUUUUCGGCAUGAAAACGCGUUGGUUCAUAGACAUCAUAAUAGUUAUAUACGCGCGUUCUGUCCCGUUCGUUAAAUGGUGAUCGAUCAGCUUCGUAAUUACACUAGUAGUUUCCAAAGAGUAUCUCUCGACCGGGCCUUAUUUUUAACGCAGGAUCGCAAUUUGAAUCGCUUAGUGCCAUGGCAUUCGUAUAUUUUCUCUCCUUUAAAAAUAUGCGCUACGUUUCUGUCGCCGCUAUUAUAGUUAAAUACACGUGACGUAUGUACAUACUUGACGCACAAUUCGCAUCCCACAAUUACUGGCAAUUACUCGUUGCGACGCUCUUAAUCACUGUUGAUGUCGAGUCUAAUAAUGGAAGAUACUUAUCGUUCUCCGUUCCUCUUCGAAAUAUUCUCCCGUUUAUUAUAAACUUACUGGGGUCAUGUGUGCUUCCCUGCUCUUCCUUCUUCUUCCAUUUAAUUAUCCCCUAAAUUGAUCCUAUUCUCAGAAUUGAUUAGAUAUUGACUACUUUCAAGAUUCGUUGCGUAGGAUUUGUUCUUUUAAAUUAAAGCGACGCGGACGAUAGCGUCUCUCUCCCUUCAUAUUAAACUAUUAAUCAUGAUAAUGCGCUCUCCGUGUUGACGCUAAUUAUAUUAAUUGCUGAUUCCUUUUUUGAAAUAUUUAUUAAAUUUUUCUCUAACGCAGAGAUUUGUGUGCCAUCAUUUAUAUGCCGCCAUUUAUGUAUAAUUCACGAGAGAAAAUUAUACAUUUUAAGUUAAUUUUAUGAAUAAAGAGCUCUUAAAGAUUAUAUGUAAGCGAUUAAAAAAAAAUAAAAUAGUAAUAUUUAAUUCGUUAAAAUAGCGAAAUAAUCAAUGCGAAAUUUUCGAGCAGAGUGUUAGUACUUUCUUAUGUAUAAAUAUUUCGUAUGAAUAGUAAUUGUAUAUCAACUGCUUUCUAAUCAAUAUCAGAAAGAGUCGAGUCCCACGGGAAGAUUGGCACAAACUCGCGAAUGGCUAGUGAUGGAAAAUAAUUUUUUUUUUGACAAGAGAUUCACUUCUUCUUUUCUUUCUUUGACGAGCUUUUAAAACGCAAAGCGCUAUCGUCCGCGUGAAUCUUUGUUAAAAGCGAGAACCUCAGCGUCAUCAUUAUAUAUCGUUCAAGUCUAGGAAUCACAGAAAUGCCUGACUGUUCUUCAACAAUCGACAUUGUUACAUCUCACACUGACAUGUAUAUGCUGUGUGAGGAUAGUUAUAAUUAUAUAUUAUACUUAAGAAACUAUCUAAUUAAAUUACAUAAAGAGAUUUAGAAACUGAUUAUUUUUCCAAAUUUAAAAAGCUCGCAAGUUCUAAUGUUUAUGUCUAAUUCAGAGAGAGCCCAAAGGAUCUAAGAAUACACAAUUCCAGAUGAUUACUUAAUAUUUCGUGGACUCAAAGUCUAUAUUUCUAAUCAAUUGCAAUUUUAAGAAAAUUUCAAAUUACGCAAGAACUUUGAGACAGAUUCUAAAAUAACUUUUUAGAUUCCUAAAUUAAUAAACUUUUAAGGAUGCAAAAGUUUCUGCAAAGUUGAAUUUUAAAUUAAAGAUUGUUUUUUUUUUCUUCUUCUUAUUAAUUAAUUGCGCAGCUAUAGUUCCAUCAAAUACAGAAUGUCUGAGACUCCGUCCAAGUUCCGUUUCAUUUACAACUUCAAAAAGUUGAUCAGAGAACUCGUAGAUGAAGACGGACUCGCUAGCAAAUUUAAAGCACUCUGUAUAUGUGACGUGCGUAAAUGUAAUUAUAUAUAUAAUUAUAACUAUAAUGAGAACAAUCUUUCAAUCGCACACAUCGCGCUUAUCUAUAAUCCUCGAACAACGAGAUCUAAAAUAUUAACACGACACCCUGUGUGUUACUUUCUCAUGAGCUCGGCCUGUUCGCCAGCCGGCUCGAUAUCGAAAGGAUACACAAAAGAUGCAGCGUAGUAAGGAAUCUCUUUCGGGAGGAUCCCUCACAUCCCUAUAUAGGAUGAUCGCUUCGUGAAUCGCUGAUUUUCAACAAGUAUUGAAUACGAGUUUGAUAAAGGAGACCGAUCGGAGUCUGAAGAGUCUCGUUGAUGACACAUCAACAUUCGUGAAUGUAAACGAAACGUUCGAUGAUCGAGAAGUAAAUACAUUGGAAAAAAAGAAAAAAAUAUCUAUACAAAAAAUUAAGACAGUCGCGACUUGAUUUUCUUUAAGAAGUACAAUAAUAAUAAUUAUUAUUAUGCUUUUCUUUUUGCGGAAAGGGACAUUUAUGUAAUGCGGUUUUUUCCGGGAUUGGCGGGCAGUAUCUCUUUUAUUUUUUUUUGUCUACAUUCGUUUAAAUCUCAGAAAUGUAGUGAAACUUUGCGAGAAACAGACGUGCCAGAUUGCGCUUAAGCGUAUUUUAUUUUUACACGUACUUUUUUGGAAUCUCGAUUGGCAGAUAAUAUUAAUGUUAUAUUAAAGAUAUCAUUUGGAUAAAGUAUUCUCGUUAAUUGGGAUGUUGAAUGGUCGCGAUAUCGAUUUGCGUCAUGAUUAACGUAUUGAAG